AGGUGAGCAAACAAACGAAAUAUAGAAAGAAAUAUCAUUCGAAAUUCAGAAAAAAAGGGUCUAUCUUUAUCUUCUCUUCCACAUUUCCACUCUCAUGGCGUCUACAAGCACCACUCUCAGCACCUCAAAACUUCCAAUUUAUUCCAAAAUCAAUGACACCUUCAAAAACCCUUCUACUUCUUCUUCCAUCUCCUUUUGUAAGUUAAACCAUCUGGCUAAUUCUAUUGGUCGUCCAUGCUUGAUGUGGACAAAUAGUAAGCCUGGGAGGAGCUCCAGAUCAGUACGUAUAUAUGCUUUAUUUGGAGGGAAGAAGGACAACGAUAAGGGUGAUGACUCAUCGUCAAAAGCUGGAAUACUUGGUAACAUGCAAAAUCUGUACGAGACAGUCAAGAAGGCUCAAAUGGUAGUCCAGGUCGAAGCAGUAAAAGUGCAAAAAGAGCUGGCUGUGGCGGAGUUUGAUGGUUAUUGUGAAGGUGAACUCAUUAAGGUGACCCUCUCUGGUAAUCAACAACCUGUUCGGACUGAGAUUACUGAAGCUGCAAUGGAACUAGGAGCUGAAAAACUCUCGCUUUUAGUUACCGAGGCAUACAAAGAUGCACACCAGAAGAGCGUGCAGGCAAUGAAGGAAAGAAUGAACAAUCUAGCCCAAAGUUUAGGGAUGCCGCCAGGCCUGAGUGAGGGACUCAAGUGAGGCUGAGGCUUUGCUCGAGAAUUGAAUUCUCAAGCGAAUUUUGGUUAAAUCCAAAAAGGGACUCAUCUUUUGCACGAAUUGAGUUGUGUAACCUCCUUGUAUACAUUAGACGUAAGCAAUGAGUUAUUCCAAUUCUUUUGAAAUUUUACCUAGUCAGAGUAUUGAACCUAGCCUAUCAUUGUAGAGUAAUAUAUGUUUGAUUUGACCAAUAUUAUACAACUGAUCACUACAUUGCAA